GGCGACCCGAGCGAGGGGGCGGAACCGGAAGCUCUGCGCGUGCCGAGGUGGAUUGUGGGAAAGGCUUGACGCCGUCGGUUUGUUACCGGAGCCUCGGUCCCGUGGAAAGGUCCGCGGACAAAAUGCCGGAGCGAGACAGUGAACCGUUCUCCAACCCUUUGGCUCCAGAUGGCCAUGAUGUGGAUGAUCCUCAUUCUUUCCACCAAUCAAAACUUACCAAUGAAGACUUCAGGAAACUUCUCAUGACCCCAAGGGCUGCACCCACCUCUGCACCACCUUCUAAAUCACGUCACCAUGAGAUGCCAAGAGAGUACAAUGAGGAUGAAGACCCAGCUGCACGAAGGAGAAAAAAGAAAAGUUAUUAUGCUAAGCUACGCCAACAAGAAAUUGAGAGAGAGAGAGAACUAGCAGAGAAGUACCGGGACCGUGCCAAGGAACGAAGAGAUGGUGUGAACAAAGAUUAUGAGGAAACGGAGCUGAUUAGCACCACAGCCAACUAUAGGGCAGUGGGCCCCACAGCCGAAGCGGACAAAUCAGCUGCAGAGAAGAGAAGACAGUUGAUCCAGGAGUCCAAAUUUUUGGGUGGUGACAUGGAACAUACCCACUUGGUGAAAGGCUUGGAUUUUGCUCUUCUUCAAAAGGUACGAGCUGAGAUUGCCAGCAAAGAGAAAGAAGAAGAGGAAUUGAUGGAAAAACCUCAAAAGGAAACUAAAAAAGAUGAGGAUCCUGAGAACAAAAUUGAAUUUAAAACACGUCUUGGCCGCAAUGUUUACCGUAUGCUUUUUAAGAGCAAAGCCUAUGAGCGGAAUGAGCUGUUCCUGCCAGGCCGCAUGGCCUAUGUGGUAGACCUGGACGAUGAGUAUGCUGACACAGAUAUUCCCACCACACUUAUCCGUAGCAAGGCCGAUUGCCCUACCAUGGAGGCCCAGACCACACUGACAACAAAUGACAUUGUCAUCAGCAAACUCACUCAGAUCCUUUCGUACCUGAGGCAGGGUACCCGCAACAAGAAGCUCAAGAAGAAGGAUAAAGGGAAGAUGGAAGAGAAGAAGCCUCCUGAGGCCGACAUGAACAUUUUUGAGGACAUUGGGGACUAUGUUCCUUCCACAACCAAGACACCUCGGGACAAGGAGCGAGAGAGAUACCGGGAACGAGAGCGUGAUCGGGAGCGAGACAGAGACCGGGACAGGGAGCGGGAGAGAGAACGGGAUCGGGAGAGGGAGCGAGAGCGGGACCGAGAGAGAGAAGAAGAAAAGAAGAGGCACAGCUAUUUUGAGAAGCCAAAAGUGGAUGAUGAGCCCAUGGAUGUCGACAAAGGUCCUGGGUCUGCCAAAGACUUGAUCAAGUCAAUCAAUGAAAAGUUUGCAGGGUCUGCUGGUUGGGAAGGCACUGAAUCAUUGAAGAAGCCAGAAGACAAAAAGCAGCUGGGUGAUUUCUUUGGCAUGUCUAACAGUUAUGCAGAGUGCUAUCCUGCCACGAUGGAUGACAUGGCUGUGGAUAGUGACGAGGAGGUGGAUUAUAGCAAAAUGGACCAGGGUAACAAGAAGGGCCCCUUAGGCCGCUGGGACUUUGAUACCCAGGAGGAAUACAGCGAGUAUAUGAACAAUAAGGAAGCUUUGCCCAAGGCUGCAUUCCAGUAUGGUAUCAAGAUGUCUGAAGGACGGAAAACCAGGCGCUUUAAAGAAACCAAUGACAAGGCAGAGCUUGAUCGGCAGUGGAAGAAGAUCAGUGCGAUCAUUGAGAAGAGGAAGAAGAUGGAAGCUGAUGGGGUUGAAGUGAAGAGACCAAAAUACUAAUCUUUAAUUCCAAGUAAAAAUCUCCACAUGGGUAUUCUCUCUACUUUCUAUAAUUCCUAGAAAGGUGGAAUUUGUUUUGUUUGUGAAUGUGUAUAAAAUUUUAUUGCAUAAACAUCUGCUUCCAUUAAAAUUGGUUAACCAGU